GCUUUACCCCUCGACCAUGUUCUGCUUGUUCCCUCCCAGGCCCGGGCCGAACUUAAACACUGCCCACGAUGUCGAAUGUGCUCCUGCUGAGGGCGCCGGCGACGGACGGCCCAGACAAAUACGAGGCGGCGUUCCGCGCUGAGCGGUACUAUCCUGUCUGCGUGCCGGUCCUCGAGACCGUACUCGUCAAUGGUUCUGAACUCGACGAAACUAUACGCGCCGGUCCUGAGAAGACAGGCUUAAGUGGAGUUAUCGUUACUAGUGCUAGGGCAUGUGAAGCAUGGAAGGAGGCCGUUUUGCGGCUUGUCGAUGGGCUCUCAGGGAGCGCAGACUGGACGGGGGUACCUUUCUAUGUGGUAGGCAAAGCUACCGCCUCGGCCCUCAGAGAGAUUCGGGAAGCCACAAACGAUUCUCGCCUUGCCCCCGUAGACAUUCGAGGCGGGGCGGAAUCAGGCACCAGCGAGAGGCUUGCACAUUUCAUUCUGCAGGAAUUGCCUCAAAGAGACGGCCCUCGAAAAUUUCUCUACCUCACGGGCGACAAAAAUCGCGACGUUCUGCCAAACAUCCUUCGAGACGGUGGUAUGGAGCUGCAAUCUCUUCAGGUCUACGCCACGCAGGGCUCUACGCACUUUACCUCCGAUCUUGAAAAUGUGAUUAGCUCGGCACCCUCUGAAUACAAGGACUGGUGGAUAGUAUUCUUCGCACCUUCGGCAGCCGAGUUUGUCACACCAAUUUUACGAAAGCACUUUGCUAUCCCCAACGCAGAAUCGGAGUCUUUCUCGACCAAAAUCGCCGCUAUAGGUCCAACGACGCAGGACUUUCUGAGGAACAAGCUCCAAGUGCGAGUCGACGUUGUGGCACCGAGACCUUCUCCAGAGGCGCUGGUCGGUGAUGUUCAAGCCUUCGACGCUGAGGAAGAGCAUCCGCGCGUGUAUUGAACGUUUUUGCCUAAGGUGUGCCAAAUCAGUGGGAUUUGUGUAUCUUACUGGGAGAACGCAUACGCCCAAUAUUCAUCUUUCCAACUAUUAUCGUGGCGCGUGAGCUGACAGGAUCUGCUGUUCAGUCUGCGUGCCACAAUAUAUUUUGUUAGUUGAUACUAACGCAUUCACCCAACGACUUCACUGAAGAUCAGUAGUCGUGGCUCCCAUUUGUCUGGUAAAGCAGCUAAUCAAUACAACCUAUCGCUCCGAGAUAAAUCAGUACGUGUCAGAGUUCG